CGUAUUGGGUUUCCAAUACCCGAUGUGAUGACAAUUCACAAUGUAUGCGCAAUAAGGUCAAAGUAUAAAAGAAGGGCUAUAAAACUGAAAGAUACAAAACAUAUGAAUGUUUAUGAUGUCUUUAGAAUAACAAAGGUUUGACCCAGUCAGUCUAGUGUGACACACACAAGGUGUGUACUCAUCAGUCUAUGCCACAUACAGCACGCCAACCAGCUGAACUUCAUUCCUUGCAGCAUACGAUCAUGAUGUGUCCUGCAGCUGCAGUUUUGCUGCUUGUCCUGGUUCCUCUGGUGCACGGGGAGAUAGACUGGCGGUCUGAGCCGAAAUGGGGAUAUCAGUUCAUACUAGGCAGCGACGGCCAGCUGGAAUGCAACGACACCAACGCCAUGCUAGAGAUGGGUGACACCGUAACAUGGGUGGCGCCCAACAAGAUGAUGAUUCAAGGUACAUCAGGAAGGAACGAUGAAAAGUAUGAAGUCAUCGAUAAAAAUUCUGUACGCGGGAUGGUACUUAAAAUCAAAAAGAUAACGUCAGAGGAUCACGGCGUAUACAUCUGCAUGGUUAAACGUAACAGCGCCGAUUACGUUAGAGUCAUACGGGCUCUGAAUCUGUACGAGCCCGCCUACAGUAGCAUGAUAGACAAAUAUCGCAACAACAUAAUGGUGGGCGGGAUCGCGGCCGCCGUGUUGUUCGUCCCACUGGUGGGCGCGUGUCUCAUCAACAAGUUCAGGUACAAGAGCGAAGAGGAAAAAGACCGCAAACGCCACCACCGUGAACGUGCACAGCAGAUCCAGCACGAGUACCAGCAACAGAUGGACAACGGCGAUGGCGGAAUUCUCCAAAGAAAGACAGCUCCUGAAAAUGAUGGCUUCCAGAAUGAAGCAUUUCAGACAGAUACCACACGACUUUAAAAAAACUUCUUACAGCAGAGGCGAAUCCUAGGAGGAGGAGGAGGGGGGGGGGGGGGUGUCUGGCUUUUUUUUUUUUUUUUUUUAAAUCAAUCAAUGGGUUUUCACGAGUUGGUCCGUGUGCCCCUUUUGCAUUGGUCCUCCCCCGUUUCCCAUGUACAAAUAUUAUCAAAUACUCGGGUUGGGGUAGGGUGAUAUAUAUGUUUUCCUUUUCGAAUUCACGGGUUGUUCAACUCCAAAGUUUAAUCUCUUGAAAUAUAUAUAUAUAUAUAUAUAUAUAUAUGGUCGUUUAACCAUUAUAGUAAUUAAUGUGAAGUAGAAACAGCCUAGAGUAGAACAAAAUACACCUGUUUUUCUUUAUUUCUUUGCAUAACGGGCCAAUCUAAUUAAAAUUAGCACCACUAUUACAUGGUAGACCCAGCAGAACUAAUUUUAAUCAGAUUGAUAACGGGCCACAAUGGAAUAUUGAAUAUGAUGCUCAUACCAUGAUUCUACUCGUAUACUUUUGCACACAUACGUUUUUAUUGUGUUUUUAGACAGAGUGAUAUUUUUUAUGUGUUUGAAAAUUAACGUACUCUACUUCUUAAAUGUUGAAGAAACGGCAAACAUCAAAUAAAAUUGGUAUAUAUACAUGUA